AACAUCAUCAGUUAUUCAACGAAUCUUCUCAAGCCAACAAGCAGCAUUCGCUUAAAAAAAUCAAAUCAAAAUGUUCAAAUUCAUCGCUGUUGUCGCUCUCCUGGUUGCCACCGCCAGUGCUGGUCUGAUCGAGACCCACCAUGUGGUCCAUGAGCCCGUCCUGGCCAAGGUGGGAUCAGUGGUCCACUCAGCUCCCUCGGCGGUCUCCCACCAGAGCAUCACCCAGGUGCACAGCAAGGCGGUGGUGCAGCCCGUUGUUGCCCCCAUCGUGAAGACCACCACCUACACCCAACCCGCCGUGGCUGUCCAUGCUGUCCAUGCUGCUCCAGUCGUCCACUCUGUUCCCGUUGUCCAUGCCGCUCCAGUCGUCCACUCCGUCCACUCCGUACCGGUGGUGCAUUCCGCUCCUCUUGCCUACACCCUUCACCACUAAAUCCUUUAAACCUUUUGUUUGUUAACCAAUUAUAUGAAAACUAAAUAAAAUUCCCACAAGUACUAUUGAUCCCCAAACAA